AUGUUCGCCGCGGUACUCGCCGUAUGUGCUCUGACUUUUUCCGGGCCUGCCAACGCCAUGUACGCGAAGGACCAACGCAGCUGCCGCACGGAUGGGUGCGUCACGCAGUAUGGCUGUGUGCCACGCUACUCACAGUACAGCACCGCACUCUACUGUGCCCAGCGGUGUGUGAUUGAACGAUGCCGAUCGAUCGAGCACGAACAACCGCGACGCGUCUGCCAACAGAUCACGUCUGUCGCCACCGGACAAGUGUUGGCCGCCGUGGACUCGUACGAUCGUCGCGGCAAUCAGCGGUACGCAUCGCUUGUGAAUCCUGGUUCGGGUGGACGCGACCGCUGGAACAUGAUCGUGGGUCCGGGCAAUUAUUACUACAUCCAGAACAGUGACACCCGCGAGUAUCUUCGAGCGAACGACGACAACUAUCUCUAUCUGGUGUCGGAACGACCCACCGACGAGAGCUUCCUGUUCAAGCCGGAUCUCGUCCAGGGCAGAUGGUCGUGCGUGCUGCUACAGUCCGUCUGCUACCGAAGCUACAUUUUCGCUGAACAGCAAAAUGGAGGUUAUGGAAACUUUGCGCAGAUGACGCGCGAUCUUCAGCAGUGUUAUCGUGACAGUUUGUGGAGCAUUUCAACGGUUAAUUGUUGA